AUGGUGCGAUGUACGGUGUUGGCGUUACUCCUGUGUUGGGUCGGCCCGGGCCACGACAGGACAUCGGUGGUGUACGCGUCGGUGGACAGUUCCCCGGCCGGAGUACGCCACCAGCAGCUCGAAACGGAGUCGCCGCUGCCCGCCAAACCGUUUGGAAACGUGGUGAGCCGAUCUACGCGGAACCAGCAGAACUGUACCGAUCAGCCGUCCAACUCCAGCGACGGUGGACAGCAGGACCAGUCGAUGGGGGGCAAGUUUCUCAAGUUUGCCAUCCUCCUGCCGGAGAAGCCGAGCAAGCGGCGCGACAUACGUAUCCUGUCGACGGUGCUGCCAAUGAUCGAGCAGGCCACGCAGAUGGUGACCGCUCCCGGCGGGCUGCUGGAAAACUUUCGCAUCGAAAUCGACCACCGUGACACGCAGUGCUCGUCCACACACGGGGCGCUCGGGGCGUUCGAUAUUUAUCUCAACCGAAAACCAGAUGUGUUCUUCGGGCCGAUCUGCGACUACGCCAUCGCCCCGGUCGCCCGGUACAGCUCGGUCUGGGGCAUCCCGCUCAUCACGACCGGCGGCAUGACGGAGGCGUUCACGCUGAAGGAACCGAACUACCGGACGCUGACGCGCAUGGCCGGCAACUACCACGAGUUCGGCGAGGUGAUGCGCGAGCUGAUGCAGCACUACAACUGGACGAUCCAGUCGUACCUGUACCACGAGUGGGACGAGAAGGCCGGCCGCGGCUUCACCGACUGCUCGAUGGCCAUCAAUUCCAUCAUGCGGGCGAUCAACAGCAACGACACGAUACCCAGGGUGUUCGACGAGGAUACCGCCAAGUACGACGACUACCUGGAGCUGCUGCGCAAGAUCGAGACGCGGGCCAGAAUCGUGAUCAUGUGCGCCAGCCCUUCGACGAUUCGGGAAAUUAUGCUGGCGGCCGCCGAGCUCAACAUGGUCAGCAGUGGGGAGUACGUUUUCUUCAACAUCGAAAUAUACGGAAGCAUGACGGCAACAAAGCAGCCACCCUGGUACUCCAAGAACGAUACCGACGAGCGGAACCAGAAGGCGAAGGAAGCGUACUCCGCCCUGCUACAGGUGGUCGCCCGCGAACCGGAAGACGACGAGUAUCGUCAGUUCUCGCAGGAGGUGAAAGAACUCACCCGGACGAAGUACCAGUACACGUACGCCGAGGACGAACCGGUGUCGACGUUCGUGACGGCGUUCUACGAUGCGGUGUUGCUGUACGCCUAUGCCCUCAAUGACAGUAUAGCGCAGCUGGGCGAACAGCGAGCCCUUAAGCAUCCGAUCAACGGAACUCAUUUGGCGCAGCUGAUGUGGGGCCGCAGCUUCAAGGGUAUCACCGGGAAUGUCACGAUCGAUUCGAACGGUGAUCGCAUCUCGAACUACUCGCUGCUCGAUCUCAAUCCGGAGACGGGACUCUUCGAGGUCGUGGCGAACUACUACUACGGUGGGGGACUGCAGUUUGUCGAGGGUAAGGCCAUCCACUGGGCCGGGGAUCGCAAGAAGGCGCCACCGGAUAGGCCAACCUGCGGCUUCGAUGGGUCACUCUGUCCGGACAACUCAAUUCCGGGGUACGCCAUCCUGUCGCUGGUACUCGGCGUGUGCGUUGUCUGCAUGGGCAUCGCGUCGUUCGUCGGCUACCGGCACUACAAGCUCGAGGCGGAAAUCAACUCCAUGACGUGGAAGGUGAACCCGAACGACGUGCUGUCGUGCAAUCCGAGCCGCGGCCACCGGGGCAGCCUGCACUCGAUGGUGAAGCGGGGCAGCCAAGCCACGAUCUACUCGGAGGAUCUCAACUCGCUGCCCGGCGACCGUCAGAUCUACAUACACUUCGGCUUCUACAAGGGCUGCAAUGUGGCGAUCAAGAAGAUUAACGUGCAGAACAUCAGCCUCAACCGGUCGCUGAUGCUCGAGUUCAAGCGCCUCAAGGACAUCCAGCACGACCAUCUGGUGCGGUUCUACGGUGCCUGUCUCGAUCCACAGCCGGAGCCGUUCAUCCUGACCGAGUACUGCCCGAAGGGUUCGCUGCAGGACAUCCUCGAGAACGAGACGAUCAAGCUGGACUGGAUGUUCAAGAUCUCGCUCAUGCACGACAUCGUCAAGGGGAUGGCGUUCCUGCACUCGACCGAUCUGCACUCGCACGGUGCGCUCAAGUCGUCCAACUGCGUCGUGGACUCGCGCUUCGUGCUGAAGAUCACCGACUUCGGGUUGCACCAGUUGCGCCGUAACUGCGAGGACUCAGAUGUCGAGAGCUACGCGUAUUGGAAGAAGCUACUAUGGACCGCACCGGAAUUGCUGAGGCAUCCCCAGUGUCCCCCGGCGGGAUCCCAAAAGGGUGACGUCUACUCGUUCGGCAUCAUCAUCCAGGAGAUCGUUUCCCGGCAGGGACCGUUCUAUCUGGGCACUGAGGAGAAAUCUCCCAAAGAAAUCAUCAAACUAGUCAGAGACGGACCGGGGGUGCUGGGCGUACCCUUCCGGCCAAAGGUGGACGAAUCGUCCUACGAGGACGUGAACAACAUAAUGGUGAAGUGCUGGGCCGAGGAACCCUCGGAUCGACCCGACUUCGGGGGGCUGAAAACUAUCAUCAGGAAAAUCAACAAAGAAAAUGAAUCUGGUAACAUAUUAGAUAAUUUAUUGCAACGCAUGGAACAGUACGCGAACAACCUGGAGGCUCUCGUGGACGAGCGGACGCAGGACUACUUCGAGGAAAAGCGCAAAUGCGAGGAGUUGUUGUACCAGCUGCUGCCCAAAUCCGUGGCGGCGCAGCUGAUCGUGGGCAAAUCUGUGAUAGCGGAAACGUAUGAUCAAGUAACUAUUUAUUUUAGCGAUAUUGUCGGCUUCACCUCCAUUUCAGCGCAAAGCACCCCGAUGCAGGUCGUCGAUCUGCUGAACGAUCUCUACACCUGCUUCGACUCGAUCGUCGAGAACUUUGACGUCUACAAGGUCGAAACGAUCGGCGACGCGUACAUGGUCGUGUCGGGGCUGCCGGUGCGAAACGGAAAUCUGCAUGCACGUGAAAUUUCCCGCAUGGCCCUGCGACUGCUGGCCGCCGUCUACAAGUUCACCAUCCGCCACAGGCCCAACGAGCAGCUCCGGUUGCGGAUCGGACUCCACAGCGGGCCCUGUGUGGCCGGAGUCGUCGGGCUGAAGAUGCCCCGGUACUGCCUGUUCGGGGACACGGUCAACACGGCCAGCCGGAUGGAGUCGAACGGCGAAGCACUCAAGAUACACGUCAGCCACACCACCAAGACGCUGCUGGACACGUUCGGGACGUUCGACCUGACCGAGCGGGGCCUGGUGCCGAUGAAGGGCAAGGGCGAGAUGCUCACCUACUGGCUGAACGGCGAGCGACCGGCCCUCGAACCCCUCGCGCCCCCACUCCCGAACGGUCUGCUGAAGCCGUCCACCAACGGCACCAACGGUCAGCUCGGGAGGUUGCUGGCGACGGACGGCGUUGGAACGGCGGCAGCGGCACUGGCCGCGGUCGUGGUCGGCACGACUGCCCCCUCCGACACCGCCCAGUCGCCCGGCAGCCCUCCGGCCACGCUGAACGGGUCCGCACCGACCGGCAUCCUCACCAACAGCCAUCACGGCGGCCAUCACCUGCACCACCAUCAUCACCUUCAUCAUCACAACCUCAACAACAACAACACGCUGUGCAGCUUCAACAACAACAAUCCGCAUCGGAGCAACAACAACACCGCGGCAACCGCCGGCGCCAACUCGUCCAACAUCAACAAUAACAACAACAGCUGCCAUAGUAACGCCAUAGCAGGCGCCGGCGUUACGCCUAGCGCCAAAAAGCUCAACAGCGUUACGUACAGCUUCGCGAAAGCUCCGCCAGUGGCGAAGGCGAAGCUGGUGCACGUGUCCGAGCGUUCACCGUCGGUGGCGAGUGGUGCCAGCAGCGUCGGUUCCCUUCCGCCACCGGAAGUUGAACCAUUCUGUGGCGGGGGAGGCAGUGGAAUGGGGGCGGGUGGGGUAACGAAAUCGGCAGCCAACAACAGCGUUACGCAACCGUUGCUCACCUGA